CCUGCCUGCGUAUCGGCAACCUCAGACAUCUCUGCACCUCCCUUCAGACUAGGCAGCCAGCUCCUCGGUCGGUUCGUCGGAAUAACGGUAACAGGCGAGUCAAAAGAAUGGUUUCUUCAAGUCAUGUGACCUGCCUGGCAAUUUGCGCUCUGGUUUUGGUGAACCUCAUCGCAGCCAGGGAAAUAAGGAAGAGGGAGGUGGACGAUUCUGACGCAGCGAACGAGCCGAAACGGAAACGACCCUUCUGUAACGCUUUCACAGGAUGUGGACGCAAACGAUCUGACGAAUCAAUCGGAACAUUGGUGGAAAUGAAUCAGGAACCGAUUCUCUCCGAUCUGAACAGGCAAAUCCUUUCCGAGGCAAAACUGUGGGAGGCAAUUCAGGAUGCACGCAAUGAACUGCUCCGCCAACGCCAUCAGCAAAUGAUGCACGCCCCCGGAGGUUUGAUGGAACGCGAGCUACCACUUUUCAGGAAAAGGCGUGACGUCUCGAGCCAACUGCCUGAGGUGAAGCAACAGCACGGCAGGUAAAAAUCUACACGACGUGAGCGAGGCGAUUGGAGUGAGAGGGCACAUAAUUGGCUGGGCAACUUUCCCUAAAUUACACCCACGACGUUAAAAGACACACAACUCCCUUCCACAGUAGUGAAGCACCAUGGUAAUUAAUGGCGAAUUCUUCUAACUGUAGCUAACUUGUCUGUAACAUUAAACCGAUAAAUACAAAAAAAAAUUUAUGGUUUGAACGCACAGAGAAAACUAUAUUACAGUUAUUUAAUUGCGUACUACCCAGCUUUGAGUUACAGUUAGGAUUUCUAUCAUGUAGUUUGAGAUCAAGUCUUAAUAAACAGUAUUGUGUAACAAUAAAA